AUGUCUUAUGCCGAUCGAAUGCUUGAGGAGGAAGAGCAGCGAGCAAGAAAGUACCUGAACCCCAAUCGCGAAAGUGUUGAUAGGCUGGUUGAGAGUUGUGUGCAAGUUCUCGUUGUUGAGUUUGAAGACCAAAUUCUUGCCGAAUGUCCAUCGUUAAUUGCCAAGAAUGACGUUGAAAAGCUACGUAUGUUAUAUCGAUUGAUAAAGUGGACUCCUACCGGUAUAGAAGUUGUGAUCAAAGCGGUUGAUAAUCAUAUUCGUGGCGAGGGAAUAGACGACAUGAAGGAGAAUGCGCUGACGAUUACGACGGAUCCUGAAAAGUACAUAUCACAAUUGCUAAGUAUGUUCGAUCGAUUUAGCACCCUAGUCAAAGAAGGUUUCUACGAUGAUGCUCGGUUGUUAACGGCGAGAGAUAAGGCAUUCCGCGCUCUCGUCAAUGAUACGACUAUCUUCAGAAUGGAGUUACCAUUAGGAAAAAAGAGUCGAAAUACGGCAGUAGAAUCGAAAUGUCCGGAGCUACUUGCCAAUUAUUGUGACCUUCUAUUGAGAAAGACGCAGCUGAGUAAAAAGCUUACGUCGGAAGAGAUUGACUCGAAGCUCAACAAUCUACUUCUUGUUCUGAAGUACAUCGCGAACAAGGAUGUUUUCAUGCGAUUUCACAAGGCCCAUCUCUCACGGCGGCUUAUUCUUGAUAUGAGUGCCGAUCAAGAAAAAGAGGAGGCCAUGGUCAACAAACUCAGGGAAUGCGGCAUGCCUGCUGAACAUGUAAAC